UCAGCUCCUGGGCAUUGGUUGAACUUUCCACAUGAGACACAAAGUUGUUAUGCUGCGGUUGUUGCUGUUGACUCUGCUGCUGUUGUCGGACGCGGGUUGGGGGCAUGAUCAGAAGCCGGAGCCAAUAGGGUAUGCUAGCAGCAAACCGCCCACCCAAGAGCUACCUCGGCCAUUAACGUUGCCAACAGAACUGACAUUCCAGCAGAGCCAGAGGAAUACGCGCUCCCGUCGACCCACUCUGAUGGAUGUGGCGUUGCAGCAGAGCGUGCAGCAAGGACUCAAUGCCAUGGCCGAGCUGUAUGGCAGAAUACAACCACAAAUGCUGCUUAAUGGUCAAAUGCUGCAGGACAACCACCCAGCCGCCCUACUAUCGCGCUUCAACGCGCCCAAUGCAGAGUCAGAGCAACGGGAGAUGGCCGCCUAUGCAACCAUCGAAGCCACAAAAGCCUUUCGCCAAAACUUCCAGCACAUCGAUGAGCUAGCGCGCCAAUCGCAUGCCCACAAGAUCUCGUUGCGCCGUACGGCGCUGGAGGGGCUAUGCCCUGUUCGUGAUCCGCCGCCUUGUAUGCCAGCCUCGGAACGCUAUCGAACGCACGACGGAACAUGCAACAACAAACGGAGACCACGCUGGGGAGCUGCACAGAUGCCCUUUAAUCGGUUCCUGCCGCCAGAGUACGGCGAUGGAGUGGACAGUGUUCGCAGCUCUACAGAUGGCAGCACUUUGUCCUCUUCGCGUUUUGUCAGCUUGCUGGUGCAUGGUGCACGCGAAGGCGAAGCCCCACUGACUCUCAUGAUAGCGCAGUGGGGCCAGCUGCUGGAUCACGACAUGACGUCGACGGCACAACCACGGUCCAUCAACGGCUCUAUACCCAGUUGCUGUGGCGGCAAGGACUUUCAUCCAUCGUGCUUUCCAAUCAAGGUGCCACUGGAUGAUCCAUGGCUGUCGCCACUCAAGGUUCGCUGCUUGGAGUUUUUGCGUUCGGCCCCUGCACAACGUCGCGACUGUGUUCUAUCCUGGCGUGAGCAAACCAAUCAAGCAACGUCCUAUAUUGAUGCUUCGCCCAUUUACUCAAACAGUGCCAAGUCCUCGGACAACGCACGUAUAUUUCGUAAUGGCCAACUGAUCUAUGGCCGUGGCAAUCCCUCUGAUGAUGUUUGCCAGCGCGGCGCUAUCGCGACACAGUGCAUCAGAUCCGGUGACGGACGUAGCGGCGAACAGCCUGGUCUGCUGGCCAUGCAUCAUGUGUGGGUCGGCGAGCACAAUCGCAUUGCGUUAGAGUUGAGUGAGCUGAAUCCACACUGGAGCGACGAGAAGAUCUAUCAGGAAACGCGAAGAAUUGUGGGUGCCAUGUUUCAGCACAUCACAUAUAGAGAGUUCCUACCAGUGAUACUGGGCAAAGAAGUGUGUAAGCUGUUCGAUUUGGAGCUACUGAGCACCGGUUUCUACGAGGGCUAUGAUCCAAAAGUCAAUCCCACCGUAGCCAACGCGUUCUCAUCAGCAGCCUUUCGAUUUGGCCACUCACUGGUGCAGAAUUCCUAUAUGAGAUGCGACCGCCAUCACAAUGUUAUCAACAACAAUGUCAGUUUGCAUGAGGAGUUCCAGAACGGUGACAUUGGUACUGCUGGCUCACUGCAUCGUCUGCUCCGAGGAAUGGCUUCGCAGCGCGCGCUCAAACGCGACGAAUUUAUAACGCCUGAGCUGACCAACCAUCUGUUUCAGACACCAGGCUUUCCCUUUGGCCUAGACUUGGCCGCUAUCAACAUUCAGCGUGGGCGGGACCAUGGCCUAGCUCCGUACACCUCGUGGCGUGUUCCUUGUGGACUGAGUCCUAUUCAAAGCUGGGAUGAAUUUGCCAAUGUAGUGGGUCCAGAGUCGGCCAAACGAAUUGGCCACGCCUACCGGAGCGUUCACGAUAUCGAUCUAUUUGUCGGUGGUAUUGCGGAAAGACCCGUAGUUGGUGGUCUGGUUGGUCCUACUUUUGCCUGCAUCAUAGCUCAGCAGUUCAGUAACUCGCGUCGUGGUGAUAGAUUCUGGUACGAGAAUGGCGGCUUUGAGAGCUCAUUCACACCAGCGCAGAUCCAUUCGCUAAGGAGAGUAUCGCUAGCGCAAGUUUUAUGCCGUGCAGUGGGUGGGGGCACGUUCCAGCCACAUAUUUUUAUUCCUGCUGAGUUUACAGACAACGAACGUCAGAACUGCGGCACUGGCAUUCUGGGGUCCAUUGAUCUUAGUCCUUGGUUAGAGCAAGAUCCGUUUUUAGCUGCCAAGCAUCAGCCCGAUCAUGUUUUUAACAUUGUACAACCGGAGCUGUCCCAAAAUGAAAUGAGUUUUACGUCAAAUCUGAAGGAAGAUAAGGCGGGCUUUUCAAACCGCGUAAAGCCUAGCCAGCCUCAUGUGGACUUUAGUCCCAACUCAGCUACGGGCUUUCAGCGACCAAAAAAUGGAAGCAUACCCAAAAUUAACGACAAACUAGACCUAAAACGAAAGACUCUGACCACGACGAAGACCAACAUCAACAACAAUAGAAAUGUGACACCUACUCGGAAGAUACCUGUCACCGGAAUAAACAACAAGCUAGACAAAUCACCCAAAAUAACUAUUAAUAUUAAGAACUUGAUCACUAGAAAACCAGGAGGAACUACAUCGAAGCGAACAGUGAUUAUAAACAAUGUCCCAAUCGAGCUACGCAGUGCCGUGGACGGCAACACAACAACGACAGAGACAAGCCACGAAAUACUUUCGGAUACAGAAACCGAACCGUACUCCAAUGACACAGACUUGCCAGAAUUCCGAGAUACCCACACUUUUCAUGAAACACACUCGAACUAUACUCCGAUAACUACUGACAGACCUACAAAAACGACGCCAAUCACGAAAGAAGCCCAUCUACAAAACAGUGACGCAGACGACUUGAUUGACCCACUAAGACAAACAUCUGGGGACCUUAGCAAUAGCAAACGAGUGCAGCGUGCUGUGCAAAAUUCCAAGGAACUGAUUAAAUCGAAAACACCUGACACAGUACUUGGCACUAGACUGUUGCACAAGCAACGCAAUCGCACAACAGCCCAAAUCGUUUCUACAACAAAGGCAAUUCCGAGCACAACUGCAAGCCUUUUCCGUGUCAGUCGUACCACAAAAUCGUCUAAAUCGUCCAAAACAACGAAACGCGGCGUGGAGCUGCGCAGCCAUUACCAAAAUAGACCCGCCUAUCCCCAAAAGGUAGUUGUAAACGGACCCAACGCAAAUGACCAAUAUGAAAUUGAGAUAAAUAUACGACAGACAAACAAAAGUCCAAUAACGAAACCACUCGGUUCAGAACAUAGCGACUACACUACAUCGACCAUUUAUAGGCCCUAUAACAACUACGAAAAUAGCUACGCUCCACACUAUAUGGACUAUAGCAGCACUACGCCCAGUUACGGGUAUUAUCUAACACAAAGGGACCCAAUCUUACAGUCACAGAAAACGAAACCACCGACAAUUAUUUACUUAACCGACAACGAUGACAGACGCACCACAACACGGGCACCGAACAUUUUUCAAAACUUUUUAAGCUUUGCCACCAACAGUUUAAAUCCAAAUGCCAAUCGACGACCCACACAGGCGCCGGAGCCAAGUCCAAUUUCAUCGAUCCACCAAGAGCGACCUUAUCAGGAAACUAAUGUGAUAAACAGUCCAAUCAGCGGUGGUGGCUCACAUAUUAUAGCCAGCUCAGCGUAUGCACCACGGCCACCUUUCUCACAAGCACACCCGGUUACAAGCAGCUCCCAAAUAGGGGCAAGCUCCCAAUCUAAUUAUCUGCAUGCGUCCAGCAGCGCCGUUAGCUCUGGACACUUUGGCAGCAUUUCGGGUGUGGCCAGUGCAAAUGGCGCCGAUAGCACAUUCAGUUUUAAUAUACGUCCGCGUCCUGAAGUAAAUCCUGUUUUUAGUUCCUACCCGCGCCCGCAAAACCUUGCUGGAAGCUACGGCCUGGCUUCCCAAUCGCCAUACAGGCCGGACUACCCGCAAAGCCAGAGCGAACUAUAUUACGAUCGGGAGCUGACCCAAAACCUUAGUCCUUUCUCUACUGGCACUGCGGGCCACAGACCACUGACCCAGACGCAGACGUACUAUGCUCGCAUGCCGGAACUAAAAGAGGCAAGCGGUGCCAACAAUGACUUUUCGAAUACGGACCACAAAUUGGAUAUCGUACGGGACUACGACUUUUUGAGCCGAACGCUGAACAAUAUUACCAUCGAUGAGAGUACACUUGAGAGCAAUGAAGAUUACGUAUAUGACGAGGACGAGCUUAACAAAACCAUUGACUUCACCAAAUUAGGUAAACAGACGAGUGGCAUGACGACAUCUUCGAUGACAUACAAUAGGAACAGUUCAGGCAACGACGAACCGACAAACUCAACUACGACCACCUCGAAUAUAACUUACCUGGACGACAACUUCGUACUGCCCAUGUUGAAGAACAAGACACAUAUAAUGUACGUGACAGAAAUGCCCAAACCAAUACUGACAUCCUCAAGCCGAAGCGCAACUAACAGCAAAGUGACGAUUUUUCCGGACAGCGUUGGGAAACAGCUGGGCGGGCAUAUAUUGGCCGAAACCGAGGACUAUGACGAACGAUCGACAGUUGUUAGUGCAGCUCCCCAAAAAUUUUCCAAUCUAGCAUUUGCGCCUAUAACCGUGCUUACAAAACCGGACAGGCCUGAUAAUUGGGUUAUAUUCAACAAAACGAACGAAGAGCCGCCUCUACCGCAGCCACCAGCAGUGAGUACGGGUAUGGGCGCAGAGCCCACUGCAGAGGUGCCAAAGCCGUUCUACAGUGUAAGACGCAAACAGAAUAUACGUGUGGCAGAAGCAAUCGAGGCGAAUCCUAAAAAGCCAGAAAAAGAAACUGUAGCGCCAUUGGAAUGAUCAGUAGAAAUGCCAAAUUAGUCUUAAUUUAUUUAUUGUAUUUAAUGAAUAUACCCACUGUGGGAAAUGUA